AUGUCGGUAUCGAGACCGCAGCUUUCGCUGUGGGAGAAGAGAGACUUGGUCUUUCGUUUGCUAUUCCGUGCUCCGAUACAACUGGCGUGGAAUUUCCUCUACGGCAUCCCGUUUGCUAUCGCGAGAGGCGUCUCUAUCCGCUUCUUUGCCUUCUGCGCGUAUUAUCGUUUCGCUCUGGGGUCGAUGAGAGCACGCGAAAUACAAUUCCUCAUCCCUCCUUCGAUCAAGACGUACGCGAAAUGGAUCGCGAAAAAGCAGAAGCGUCAUCCAGAGCUCGCGGACAAGCUGCAGAAAAAGAUCGAGUCUCUCCCUGCUAAUGACGGCUCGAUCUUGUGGAUCGGCAAUCGUCAGAAGGCCACAAAGUUUGUGUUGUUUUUCCAUGGCGGCGGAUACGUAGUGCCUCUUCUCCCCGGCCAUCUCGACUGGUGCUGGAACGCGUAUGUGACCGGCGGCCCUGGAGCUCACGCAGAGGUUGCCGUUGCUAUCUUGCAGUACACUCUCGUCCCCGAAGCUCGAUAUCCGACACAGCUCCGUCAGGCGAUCGCGGCGUUCAACCAGCUCAUCCUAUCCGGCAUCAAACCCAACGACCUCCUCAUUGGCGGCGAUUCGGCCGGAGGCAACCUGGCGUGCUCCGUCGUUCGCCACAUCUGCCACCCAUGCCACCUCGAGAUCCCAGCCCUGCGCCUGGAGAACCGUCUUGCAGGUGUGUUCCUGGUGUCGCCCUGGCUUAGCAGCAAGACGACGACGCCGGCUUUCACAGAGAACAACUACGUCGACAUGCUCACCACGACAUGUAUGUCCCGUGCCACGGCCGAGCUCCUUCACCCGCGAUUCCCCGUGCGGAAUAAGUCCGACGAGAGCGAUCUCGCCAUGGCGAUGCCAAUGGACGGCGACAUGGCGUGGGUGGAUGAGAUUUCUGCGGCGACCAAGAGUCUGUACAUCACUGGAGGUCAGCAGGAAGCUUUCAGAGAUGAUAUUCGCGCGUUCUCGGAGCACGUCAGCUGUGGCAAUAAUGAUCUGGAUCUGCUAGUCGAAUUGCCGGAACGCGAGGCUCAUGAUUUCAUCUUGCUUGAGGCUGUGGCCAUCGUCGGCGAGAUGCCUCCAGAUCAACCCCCCCUCAACUGCGCCUACAACCGUGACGAUGUCGUCGCUGGCCUUACUCAAUACUAUUCGGCUCUCACGCGCCUCGCCUACAUUCCAUCAUCAUACGUCGACUUCCCACCGCCAGGAGGCUGGACAGAUGCCGAUCUAGAUAUCGGCGCCCUGCGCGCUCUGCGACGCUCCGAGGUCGUUAUCGACCUGCUGCGCCAUCUCCCCUACGCCAGACCGAUGCACGACGGACCUCGUCCGGGCCCCUGGAACGUCGCACCACAAACCAAGGCUGUGCGCUACCUCCGUCACAUGGGACACUUCAGCCAGUGGUCCGAUCGCGGCGACGCGGGGCUUCAUGAGCUCGCUGCCCUUCCCACGCGCGACACGGGAGCCGCUCCGAUGGAUUUGCCGCCGGAUGUUGUCUGCCUCACGUAUGGAGAGUACCGUUCUUCCAGUUCGCGCACGAAGCCUUACUGGUGGAUCAUAGACUGCAGCCGAGGUAUCCUCACGCCGUACGAGGAGAACCUCUACACUGUUGGGAAGGUCCCGCGUAACAAGCCGUGGCGGUGUGUACGGUCGUACUCUGUUACAGAUUACUUCUCUCAGCUUGUGUCAAGCUUAGGUGUUCAGCUGUUCCCCGUGCCGCCGACCGAGGACGACGACGCUGAGAUCCUCGACCCGAGCGCUCUCGCCAAGUCGUCGGAGCCGGUGGAUAUCUACAGCGCCCACGGCUGGGGCACUGGCGACCUCGCAGACUUCAAGCACGACGAGUGCAUCGUCGCGCUCCAGGGCUGGCGGCGCCGGGUACACGAGGCAGAACAGAGAAAGAUUGCUCAGGACGUUGACGACGCAGACGAUGAGGACUUUGAGAUGGACGACAGUGAUGACGAUGAGGAUGCGGCGCACGAGGGAGAAGCGGGCGACGGACUUGCUGAUGCCGUGGCGGAUAUGGAGAUGGAUGAUUUGAGUGCCGAAGCUGCUGCUCUGAGAGCCGAUAUGAGCCCAGAGGAGCGUGCAAAGUUUGAUUGCAGACAGACGCAGUCGCACUUUGAGUGGAUCGACGAGGAAUGA